AUGUCCUCGGAUGACGACAAUAAUUCGCUAAACUCAUCAGCCAAAUCGGACGCAAGGCUUAACGAAUCGUUAAAUGGCACAUCGCCGACGCUGAAUUCGUCGGCGGCCAAUACAAAUGUGGGUAAUGGAAGUGCUGGUGGUGGAAGUGGAAGUUCCUCUCAAUUGGUGAGACGUAAAAAAGUCAUGCCGCUGGAGCAUGGUUGCGAGGACAAUUGGACGUGGAGUAAACGGCAUCGCUCGAAAGAAAUAGUGCUGAGUGGUCCCAAUAAUCGCACGGUGCAUUUUCAUCCAAAUUGGAGUAAAGGAACGGCGGGUGUACAGGGCAAGCGUCCGCUGAAUAAUGGCCGCUUCUAUUGGGAAUUGCAUGUAUCACAGCGUGUCUUCGGUACCAGUAUUAUGUUUGGUAUCGGCACAAAGCAAGCACGACUACACGCCAACUCCUUUCGGAAUAUGCUCGGUGAGAAUGAACAUGGCUGGGGUCUAUCGCACAAGGGUGUGCUUUGGCACAAAGGUGUAGCGCUGCUGUACACUAAACGUUUCAAAGAAAAUCACCCCACAGUUAUAGGCGUGCUCUUCGAUGGCAUCGAGGGUACGCUCAGCUACUACAAAGAUGGCAAAUGUUUGGGUGUAGCUUUUAGGGGUCUAGAUAAGAUCAAGGAACCGCUAUAUCCGAUUGUCUGCUCGACUGCUGCGAAAACUGAAAUGACACUGAAAUGUACGCGGCGGGAUUUUGUAAAUCUGCAAGAUCGUUGUCGAGCCGAAAUUAUUAAGCACGUCAAGACGAGAGAGGAUUUGGUAAAAUUGAAAUUGCCACCACUCAUUACGCAAUAUUUGAGCGAAGUGGUGAACGAUGUGGCGCCACUGCGCCAAGUGGACAACUAUGACAUUUUAUGCGAUUUUUAAAUUGUAACAGCUGACACUGCGUAAGUGGGAUUUGGAGUAAUACUAAACGAACGGUGGUACUAACAUGGGUAUAUGAGUGUGUGUGUGUGUGUAUUUAUACAAAUUGAAUAUUGUAAAUAUAGUUUAUAAUUAUAUAUGCGUCCUUGUUUGCUGGAACAUUUGAACUAAUUUUUAAAACUGCUUCAAAUCACUCUUAUCAGCAUAUGAACAAUCCGCCAUGUAAUUAAUUUGGUAUAAAAUACAUGAGAACAUGGGUGUAAGCUAAUUGACAAGAAUGUCAAAUUUACAUACAAGUGAAAAACAAAGCUAUGACAACACAUUAUCGGCGGUAGUUCAGAACGCAAUUCGGUACACCAUCUAUUCAUAAUUAAAAUAAUCAUUAAUAUUAAUUAAUAAUUUUUAAUCAUGUUAAUGAGAAAUCUAAAAAACGUAAACAUUCGAGAGUCUUAUGCUCUUUAAAUAGUACCAUCUUCAGCCUUGUAACGUUCAGCCACUUGUGCAGCUGGCCGCACCUUGUACAUAAAUAGUUAUUGCCAAAAGGCGUUUAAAAUCGCUUUUCUACUUUGAAGCACAAAGCUCAACGCGGAAAUAACGUAAAUAGAAAGUCAGUGCAUAAUUUAGGGCGCAUUCAGUAAUUUUUCUAAAUUUUUUAAAUUAUUUUAAUGAUUAAAAUUUGAGUUUGACUUUGAUUUUAAUUAAUUUUUAAAGCGAAAUAUUGUUUAAAACAAAUGAAUAAUAAGAAUUUUUGACAAAUGUAAUAUAAAUCUUAGUGCAUAAUUUUAGAAUCCGUGAAGUCCGCCGUGCCAUACUAAGCUCGCACUUACAUAUAUUGCCAGAUAUACAUACAUAUGCAUUUGUAUGUAAGCAAUUCUGUCUGUCUUCAGUUGCUUCGAGUAUAUGGUAAAUUCACAACUAAGACCCACAUACAAAUAAGCACGGAAAUGUCGCAUAAACUUUUUAAUUAAAGUUUAUGUACUGUCAAGUCAACAAAAUGUGAACAAAUGUGUGCAUGUACAUAUAUAGUAUUUGAAGCUUAUAACUACAUAAAAGCUAGUCACUACAAAUAAAUAUUAGUUGUAAACAAAAACAAUAAUUAGACUUGCAUUUAUUAAAAAAAAAAUAAAACUUAGGAAAACUUGAAUGCAAUCGCAAAAAAUAGGCGAAGAAAUGAAUGAUGACCAAUAAACGUUUGACAAAAACAUAAAAAAAUAUUUAAAAUAAAAAUAUAUAGGUAUAUAGUAAAAUUUAAUCUAUAAAAGAUGUAUUUUUUUUAUAUUCGAUGUGAUUUUUAUAUUUUAAUAUUUGUUUUUAGAUUUGAUACAUUUUUUUUAUCAUAAAAGCAGUUUUAAAUUGCACUUUCUAUGACAUCUAAUUCCAAAUCACUUUUAUUUCAAUCAGUAUUAUUAUUAUAACAUUCUCCUCUUUGCUUGUAAAUUCAUGUCUUUUUUGUUUUAUGUUAUAAUAUAAAGGUAUUUGGAAUCGAUAUAUACAUAUGUAUGUAGUUAUAUGUCAGCGUAAAGAGCUGAACCGUUUUAGUCAUGUCCGUCUGAAUAUACGCGAAUUAAUCUCUCAGUUUUUGAGAUAUACAAACCGGCCAAUCAAAAUUUUUGUUCUUGUAAAGAAACUUCUUUAUUUGUGAAGGAAGUUAAUGUUUUUUUCUUUAAAUUGUUAUUUGUAAAUUAAUCGGAAAGCAUUUCGAUAACUUUACUUUAUUUGACGUUUGUAUGCCCAUUCCAUAUAAAUAAACUUAGCGUAAAAUUAUUUAAAAAAGGCCUAUUCGGUGCAAUAUUGUGAUAACUUGUAAGAUUGUAUUAGUAUGCAUUUGCAUUGCGGUUAAUGUUCAGUUAUUUUGUAAAUUGUAUACAAAGUAUGAAAUAAAUUGUGUUUAAGUAAAUAAAUAUAGUACACUUUACCACUUUGACCCUUCUUUGUAAUUAGUUUACUUUUUAAACGAAAAUUUUGUUUUUUACUGAAUAACUCUGUUACUAUGUUGCUUUUUAUUUUGUUCAUUUCAGUUAAAAAAAUUUUUCGCCUAUCCUAAAACUAUUUAAAACGUUUUGCAAAUAUGCAAGGCUUUAAUAUUGAAAAAUGUAAAUUAUCGAAAGCGGAAUUGGGUGAAUUUCUAGUCAUAUACAUAUGUAAGUUGUGGCACUGUUAGCGCAAAAAUAAAAACGCCAUCGGCAGUCAGCAAUUUUAGAAAAUAAUUGUAAUUAGUUAAGUUAUUUGUUCAAAUGUGAAAAAUAUUCAACAACACGCAUUACAAAGCUAUUAAUGUCUAAUAAAAAACUAUGUGUGUCUAAAUAAG